AAGCUGCUGCAGAUGCGGCGGAAGGGGGUGUCGGAGGAGGAGCAGCGGGAAGAAAAAAAAGGCGACGAGGAUGACAUCCCACUGGGGCCUCAGUCUAACAUCAGCCUCCUGGACCAGCACCAGCACCUCAAGGAGAAGGCGGAGGCUCGGAAGGAGUCAGCCAAGGAGAAGCAGUUGAAGGAGGAAGAAAAGAUCCUUGAGAGUGUGGCAGAGGGCCGAGCUUUGAUGUCAGUGAAGGAGAUGGCCAAGGGCAUCACCUAUGAUGACCCAAUUAAAACCAGCUGGAGAGCUCCUCGGUACAUCCUGGGCAUGUCGGAGGCUCGACACGACCGUGUGCGCAAGAAAUACCACAUCCUGGUGGAGGGGGAGGGCAUCCCACCCCCCAUCAAGAGCUUCAAGGAGAUGAAGUUCCCAGCAGCUAUCCUGAGGGGCCUGAAGAAAAAAGGAAUCCAGCAGCCAACACCUAUCCAGAUCCAAGGCAUCCCCACGAUCCUCUCAGGAAGAGACAUGAUUGGCAUUGCAUUCACUGGCUCUGGGAAGACCUUGGUGUUCACCCUCCCUGUGAUCAUGUUCUGCCUGGAGCAGGAGAAGCGGCUGCCGUUCUCCAAGCGAGAGGGACCCUAUGGACUCAUCAUCUGUCCCUCGAGGGAGCUGGCCCGGCAGACCCACGGCAUCCUGGAGUACUACUGCCGCCUGCUGCAGGAGGAUGGGCUGCCCCCGCUGCGCUGUGCCCUCUGCAUCGGGGGAAUGUCUGUCAAGGAGCAGAUGGAGACCAUCAAACAUGGGGUACACAUGAUGGUGGCAACCCCAGGGCGCCUGAUGGACCUGCUGCAGAAGAAGAUGGUGAGCCUGGACAUCUGCAGGUACUUAGCCUUGGAUGAGGCUGACAGGAUGAUUGAUAUGGGCUUCGAGGGGGACAUCCGUACCAUCUUCUCCUACUUCAAGGGUCAGCGGCAAACCCUCCUCUUCAGUGCCACAAUGCCCAAGAAGAUCCAGAACUUUGCCAAGAGUGCCCUGGUGAAGCCUAUCACCAUUAACGUUGGGCGAGCAGGUGCUGCGAGCCUGGAUGUUGUGCAGGAGGUGGAGUAUGUGAAAGAGGAGGCCAAGAUGGUGUACCUGCUGGAGUGCCUGCAGAAGACCCCUCCACCUGUGCUGAUCUUCGCAGAGAAGAAGGCAGAUGUCGAUGCAAUCCAUGAGUACCUGCUGCUCAAGGGUGUGGAAGCUGUGGCCAUCCAUGGAGGGAAAGGUGAGUGAGGGUCCCAUGGAAGCCUGGGCCAUGGUGCCUUCCGGGAUGGGAAGAAAGAUGUCCUCGUUGCCACUGAUGUUGCUUCCAAGGGCCUGGACUUCCCAGCCAUCCAGCACGUCAUCAACUACGACAUGCCAGAGGAGAUUGAGAACUAUGUUCACCGGAUUGGGCGUACAGGUCGCUCAGGCAACACUGGUAUUGCCACCACCUUCAUCAACAAGGCCUGUGAUGAGUCGGUGCUGAUGGACCUGAAGGCUCUGCUCCUGGAGGCCAAGCAGAAAGUGCCACCUGUGCUCCAGGUGCUGCACUGUGGGGACGAGACCAUGCUGGAGAUUGGAGGUGAGCGGGGCUGUGCCUUCUGCGGUGGCCUGGGCCAUCGCAUCACCGACUGCCCCAAGCUGGAGGCCAUGCAGACCAAGCAAGUCAGCAACAUCGGCCGCAAGGACUACCUGGCCCACAGCUCUAUGGACUUCUAG